AUGGAAAGUCAACCAGAAUAUGUUAACAAACUGCUAAUAGCUGAGAAGGAAGGUAGUAUGAAAGUGGUAGCAAGUGAAGAAAUGUCUUUUUUGAUCAACCUCUUGCCAUUCGCUGUUGUAUUUCAGCACUUUCUAGGACAGGUUAACCCAGUUACAGUGGGUAACAUCUCUGCAAAGAAACAGAAGGAAAUAGUUGACCGACACAAUGCUGUGAGGACAGGGGUAAAGCCAACUGCUAGCAAUAUGCUGAAAAUGACAUGGGAUCCUAAAGCAAGUGAAACUGCUAAAAAGUGGGCUGGAAAGUGUAAAGGACAAACAAGUCCCAAAGAGGAACGCGUUGUGGAUGGAAUCUACUGUGGUGAAAAUAUUUUAAUAACUACUAAGCCUACCUCCUGGUCAGCCAUAAUUACAGACUGGUCUGCUAAAGCAGUGAAUUUCCAAUAUGGCCGUGGACCAAUUAAUGACAUUAAUUUAAGUGAUGUCUAUACGCAGCUCGUUUGGUAUAAUUCACACCGAGUUGGAUGUGCAGUUGCCCACUGCCCAAAAGAAAUGGUCCCUUUCAUAUAUGUUUGCCAUUAUUGCCCUGUAGGGAACAUUAUACAAUCACUAACAAAACCCUACAAAGCAGGUGAACCAUGUGCAGACUGCCCUAAUCACUGUGAGAAUAAUCUCUGCACCAAUCCAUGCAGCUAUGUGGAUCAUAUUGUGGGCUGUGAUAAACUGCUAAAAAUGUCCAAUUGUAAUGAAGAUUUUUUUGGAAAAAACUGCCAAGCAACCUGUAAAUGUAAAACAGAAAUUAAAUAA